AAAUACAAUUUUCUUCUUCAAUUCUCUGCAAUAUUCUUCUCCCCUAUCCCUUUUUCUGCAAAACUCUACCCUUUUCUUCUUUGUUAUUCUGCCUUUAACCCUCAUGUUCUCACAUUUUGGUAUCAGAGCCCCUUUCCUGAGCUAUUAUGGUAACCAAUGAAGAGAGGUUCAGAGCACUACAAGAAAAACAAAAUGAGUUUGAUGAGAGGUUGGAGGCCACAAGACUGGAAGUGCAAGCUUCCAGAGAAGAAGCAAAAACAAACUCAGAUAGUAUGAUGAAAGCUUUGACAGACAUGAGAGCUGAAAUGAUGGAUUUAUUACGCCUCAAUAGGCCUACAGCACCGGUAAUGGAGACACCUCCUAAUGGUUCUACAGUUUAGGGGAGAGGAAAUGUGACCCCUAUCACACAUAACUCUCCCAGUCCAGAGAGGGGGGAAUACAGCCAGGAGCAGGGAAGAAGACAAAUCCGAACAGCCAAUCCCCAGCCUCAGGCUCUAAACCCUCCUAUUGCUCAAGAAGAACCAUUCCCUGAGUUUCAAAACCAGGCACCAAGACCAAGGAUUGAAUUUCCAGAUUUUGACUACCUAAAUCCAAGGAUGUGGAUAAGGAGGGUGGAAAGGUAUUUCAUGAUUUCUCAAACUCCACCAGUAUUUUAUUUAGAUUAUUUGACAGUAAAUCUGUCAAGAAAGGUAGAGAUCUGGCUAGAAGGGUAUUUAAGCAAUCUGAGGGGUGGAUUUAAUUGGGGACACUUCGUAGAAGCUGUUUGCAGAAGAUUUGGCCCUGGUACUGUUUCUAUAGAUGAAGAAUUCACAGUUCUAAAACAACUGGGGGGUGUGGAAGAAUUUACUGACAAAUUUGAAGAAAUGAGAAGCAUGUUACUUCAAGUGAGACCUUAUUUAACAGAUGAAUAUUUCUUAGGAAAUUAUGUGUGCAGGCUCAAACAGGUGAUCCGAUGCUUUGUGAGGUCAGCCAAACCAGAAAAUCUUGAGGAUGCCAUUUGGCUAGCUAAAAACUUUGAACAAGGGGUGAAGUCCAAUGAAUUCUUCCCUAAAAAUUCACUACAACCAAGGAAUUCGGUAAUGAGAACUGCUGAAAACCGUGUGCAGGAUGGUCCAAGAAUCAACAAUACAACCAGAAAUGUUGAGAUGGAUAAACUUAGGGAGCAGAGAUUAUGCUUCAACUGCAAGGAAAGGUGGCAAUAUGGCCACAAGUGCAAACCUAAGGGUCAUAUGGCUUCUGCUGAAGGGGGUGAGGAAGAUGACAUCCAAGAACAGGAUCAAGCGAACCCAACUCCACUAAGUGAAGAAUGUGUAGAAGAAGCUGAAGUCUCUCUCAAUGCAGUAGUUGGGGGAGAGGGUAUCAACACAAUUAAGUUACCAGGAUCAAUUCUCAAAAGGGAUAUCAUUAUAUUGGUGGAUUCUGGAAGCACCCACAGCUUUGUUGAUCCAGCUUUGACUCAUAAUCUCAGGUUGAAAGCACACAAGGUGCAGCCCCUGGUUGUAACUAUAGCAAAUGGGGAAAGACUAUUAUGUGAUGAGAUGAGUGGACACAUAGAAUGGAUUAUGCAAGGAGAAUCCUUCCGAAAGUCCUUUAGGGUGAUGAAAUUAGGGGGCUGUGACAUGUUGUUGGGAAUGGACUGGAUUGAUUUGUUUGCUCCUACUGAACUGCAUACAAGGCCCUUAAGUAUAUCAUUUCACAAAGAUGGGAGAAGAAUUAAACUCAAAGGAAUAACUCCCAAGAAGGGGCUAUUGGAGGCUAGCAAAAAGGAGGUGAAAAAUUGGCAAAGACAAGGAGUGAAGGGAUUUUUAGUUUCGUGUAUUGAGAAGGAACUCCAAGGGAACUCCUAUAACAUUGAAGUGACAAGAGAUCCUUUAGUCUUGACACCCACCAAGAUUGAGGAGACACUGUCAGAAUUCUCAGAAUUAUUUCAGGAACCUAAAUCACUGCCUCCUACUCGGGCUUGUGACCAUACAGUUUCGUUAAUCCCCAAUCCUAUUCCAGUUAACAAAGGACCAUACAGGUACUCAUUUGAGCAGAAAAAUAUUAUUGAAAGAAUGGUGGACGAAAUGUUGCAGACUGGAAUCAUCAGGCCUAGUUCUUCACCUUUUGCCUCCCCAGUGCUUCUAGUACCUAAGAAAGACUCAACUUGGAGAUUUUGUGUAGAUUAUAGAGCCCUGAAUGCCAUCACCAUCAAGAACAAAUACCCCAUUCCUAUUGUGGAGGAUUUGUUCUCAGAAUUAGCAGGAUCCCGAUUUUUCUCUAAGGUGGAUUUGAGAUCUGGAUAUCAUCAGGUGCGGAUGAGGGAAGGAAAGGAGUAUAAAACAGCAUUCAAAACGCACCAAGGCCUAUUUGAGUUCACUGUAAUGCCUUUUGGUCUCACAAAUGCGCCCGCUACCUUUCAAGCACUAAUGAAUUCCGUGUUUAAGCCACUUCUAAGAAGGAGUGUGCUGGUUUUCUUUGAUGAUAUUUUGAUUUACAGCCCCAACUUUGAGGAACACUUGCAGCAUUUGAGGGCAGUAUUCAAAAUAAUGAGGGAGCAGCACUUGUAUGCCAAGCUAAGUAAGUGUUCCUUUGCUCAACAUCAAAUAGAAUACUUAGGGCACAUCAUAUCUGUGGAAGGUUUACAAACUGACCCUGAAAAGAUUAAAGCUGUUAUGAGUUGGCCCAAGCCUAACACUGUCACGGAGCUUAGAGGGUUUUUGGGAUUAACUGGAUACUACAGGACGUUUGUGAAGGGCUAUGGGAGCAUCUGCAAGCCUCUCACUAAUUUAUUGAAGAAAAAUGCCUUUAGUUGGGACCAAGCUGCAGAUAUAGCUUUUGAAGAAUUAAAACAGGCCUUGUGCACUGCACCUGUAUUAGCCUUACCCAACUUUGACUUGGAAUUUGUUGUGGAAUCUGAUGCUUGUCAUAAGGGAAUGGGGGCAGUUCUGAUGCAGGAGGGGAGACCCAUUGCCUACUACAGUCAAGGAUUUAAUUCUAAGCACUUAGGAUUAUUUAUUUAUGAGAAGGAAUACCUCUCCAUAAUCAAUGCUGUGGAUAAAUGGAGAGCAUACCUCAUUGGGAGGCACUUUGUGAUAAAAACAGACCACCAAAGUCUAAAAUUUUUGCUAGAACAGAAAAUUACCACAGCACUGCAGCAGAAAGGCUAAGUCAAGUUAUUGGGACUAGAU